UUCAGGAACAUUUGGAUGCCAAGUAUAUCUUUUGCAGGAGCCAAAAAACGCAAGACGCGUCAUUCCGGUUUUACCUUCACAAAGGCACGUCAAGAACCCGGAGCCACUAUGCUUGGCCCAGCUGAGAACGGACUUUUGCGCCUUGUCGAUGAAUUACUCCUCAACAUUAUCGAUCACAUCGACAACCAGGACGCUCUUUGUAGCCUUUCCGCGACAUGCACGCGGUUCCAAGGUCUCGUUGAACCCUACAUCUGGCGGGAAUUAGAGGUUUUGACAGGGGAUCAUGCACGCAACAUUGCUACAGCACUUGACAAAAGGGAUGACCGGACGGACUAUAUCCAAGAUCUGGCUAUUCGAUACAACGAUACAUAUCGCGAUGGCGUAGAGGAAUUAAACCACUUUUUGAGCCUGAUGAGUAAACUGCGCCAUCUGCACAUUGAGAGUCCUUGCCCGAACAACGUGGAAUGGCAACACGGCGGCAUCUACUUUGAUGGGUACUCAAGGAUUGAUUAUACAAACUUGCUUGCAGCAUCAGUGUAUCCGCGCUCCGGAAUGCCGAUGACGCUGCCGAUGCUACAAUCAUUGACCCUACACGCACACGGUUCGGGAGACAACAAAUAUAAACUAGGCCGCGCCGUUGCUAUGUUUAAACAUCCAAGCUUACAGAACAUCACAUUGUCGUGUUUGGACUUUGACGGAGAACUUGGAAUAUCCGCAUCGGAAACCAAGACGACGCCUCUCCGGUCUCUAACGCUUAUCGAAUGUAACGUCAACGUAAAGUUCCUUGAUGAAGUCUUGAGCCUACCUAAAGCUCUCAAGGAGCUGUCAAUUGGAGAGCGACUCCACGUGUUCCAGGAAUGCCAACCAUCUAUGGACCCCGAACGCCGCACGUCUUCCCGUCAAUUUCUCCUUGCGUUGCAGAAGCAAGCACACUCGCUGCGCCGUCUGACACACUGCGGUGGCCAUGUCGGCCAUCUGACUCCGCGCGACACGGAUCCUGAAGGCGCUGAGAAGUUACGCUCCCUCGUUGAUCUAGAGUACCUCGAGUUGGGUUUUGAAUCACAUCUGUACUACUACCUACGGCAAAGCGGCUUUCCACCAGCCCUCAGAUCCCUCAAGAUGCUCGACUCUGCCAUCUCAAUCAACUCUGGUCACGAUCUGCGCUCGUUAUCCGACAUCGCCUUCCGCUCUCUCACAUCACUUGUAGAUGUCUGUCUUCCAAGAACACUGGCAGAUGACUUCACACUGCACCUCAAGUUCUCGGAUCACUCGUUCUUCCGCCUCUUCGAGAUUGUCGACGCAACAGAACAAGCUCACCUCCUGAGCGCACUCUUCUUCGACCGCGCAGCGACCUACAAGAUCGCUUCGAUGCUCAAAUCCUACAGUACAAACUCCCACUUCCUUGUUUCGCGAGAGACUUUUCCAUCGGGAAAGUCUUUUAUCCCGCCAUACAUGCACGGUGAAGAGCUUCCUGUCGAAGAGCUGAUGUACACCAGCGACGACUUUUGGCGCUUCAACGGCAUCAACUACCGUAUCAUGGAUGACGAGAACUGGAGAGAUGAGCUCAAGAAGGGGAAGAAGCUUGCUAUCUGCAAGAGGUCCAUGGGUACCGACAUGACUGAGAUCGAUUCGUCGAAGCCAGCCGUAGCUUCUCGCUUCCUGGCGCUGCCUGGUGAGCUGCGCAACCGCAUAUACGAAGCCAUCAACGAAGAUGAAGGACCUAAAGAGAUCUGCUUACGCUGGUUCGAUUCUGAGGACCUGAAAACGAUAGAUUUUGAUGGCCUAUUCCUGAUGGACCGCAAUCCUGGUCGCCAGUACAUCGGCCUUGCCCAAACAAAUCGCAUGUUUCGCAGCGAGUUUAUGCCGCUUUACAUGACAGUUCCUCGACUGCUCGUUAACAUAGAAGACGUUUCGUACUACCUCGAGGUCUUCCCUCUCCCUGAUCCGGUUCUUACUGCUUCCAUAAUCACCUCAUUAGGAGAUUUCCUUUCCGUCAUCUACGUACAUACACCAACUGCCAAAAUCGAUCUUCUUCCUCUCCUACGUACGGAUUUGAGUAUGUUUCCCUUCUCCAUUUUCACUCAUUCAGCUCCACCGGGGCAAAGAAAAUGGGGACGUGAGCUUUCUCUUUUGCUCCUGGAAAACUCUUAUCAUGAUCUCGCUCUCUACGGCGGAUCGUGGGAAGAAACUAUCACUACGAUGUACUACAUUCGUGAAUUCCGGAUUGAAUUAUUUUGUUCAUACUCUACCCAUUAUGAUGACUGGAUCGAACUACAGCUAUGUGCCAAGGUCGAUGUUGAAGCCAGUGAUUUCGAGAAACUCCGCAUCUUCCACAACUUCGUCAAUCGGACACAAGCUAUUGGAUAUUGGCGUGUUGAGAUUAGGUGCAUCAGCGGAAGACUGAGUAUGUCUUGUGUGAAUAGGAAGGCUAUUACCGCCAAGAAUUUAGGACCCGUCAAAAAGGCUUGUAGGGUCUGGUCUGCGAAGAGCCGUCGCUAUAUCUUGGCUGCUAAGGAAGAGACAAACAAAGCUGCAAGAAACGCGAGCGUAUAG